UGCAUCAGCGUGGUACCGAGGUGUGCUGCCACCUUUGAUCAUACUAUCCGACUUUUUGUGAUGAGCCAUGCCUCGAUAAUGUCCUGAUAUGUGACCAAGGCGAAAUGAUACACGGCCGGAAUAGACACCCAGGACACCUGAUGGCUCCGUUCCACUCGCUUUCGAAGAGUAACGUUGUCUGUAAUGGCUCUUGAACCAGGGCUCGCUCCGGGCUCCCCCGAGAGCUCUGGGCGCGAAUCACCGAUACCUCGACAGUGGAGGAACCAGCUUGGAGUUGAGGAUGCUCCCAAGGACAAAGCAUUUCGAAAAUACGCCUCGGGGGUGGAAAGGACACUCGCCCUAUUCGAGACCGCUCUCCAGGAGUGGGCCGACUAUAUCUCCUUCCUGAAUCGACUCUUAAAGGCCCUGCAAGCAAGACCGAACAACAUUACCACUGUCCCCUCGAAAUCCCUGGUCGCAAAACGACUUUCGCAAUGUCUCAACCCCUCGCUUCCUUCCGGCGUUCACCAGAAAACACUCGAGGUCUACCAAUAUGUCUUCACCAUGAUAGGCAACGAGGGCCUCUCCCGGGACCUCCCUCUAUACUUCCCGGGUCUGGCCUCGACACUGUCCUUCGCCUCCCUAUCGGUCAGAUCACCAUUCCUCGAACUACUAGAGAGUCACUUCUUAGAUCUAGCCCCGCGCUCCCUGCGCCCGGCAAUGAAGUCCAUUGUGCUGGCCCUACUCCCUGGACUGGAGGAUGAAACCGCCGAGGAUUUCGAGCAGACUCUGAAGCUGGUAGAACGUUUCAAGACGGCAAUACGGCCACCCAACAGUAAAGAAAUCACGCGCAUACACUUCUCGGGCGAUUCAUUCUUCUGGCAGUGCUUUUUCUUGGCUUCCAUCACCAGCCAGAGCCGACGGGCUGGAGCUCUGGCUUACCUGGUGCGAAACCUGCCGAAUCUCGGCCAACUCUUGAAUCUCGAGGCCGGCGCUCCUAAAAGCAAGGAGGACCCGAAAACGGCCCAGCUUGCUCAGAUGGUCACCUCGCCAGAACCUGGACUAUUGCUGAGGUGCUUUGCGGCUGGGCUGGGUGAUGAGAAUCUUCUAGUGCAACGGGGAUACUUGGACUUGCUGGUGUCCCAUGUACCACUUCAUUCGAACGUCCUCCAGGUCCGAGUGAAGCCAACAGAUCUCGAGCUUCUUCUUCGUGCAGCUGCCGGUGUGGUGACGCGCCGAGAGAUGAGUCUCAACCGAAGGCUUUGGGCUUGGUUAUUAGGACCAGAGCCGACAGGAGCCAGCUUGGAAGGCGAGAACGGCUUGGAAUCACCCUAUUCGAUCUCCGACAACCAUGCCGGUGGCAUGGGUGGGAAAACGGGUUACUUCGAGGAAUAUGGCUUGCAAGCCUUGAGCAGAUCGCUCUUGGCUAUGAUAAAGACCAGCGAGGAAGGUGGUCCCAUUGAAAGGGCCCGACCGUAUCGCAUAUGUCUGUCCCUGAUGGACAGAUGGGAGAUCGGUGGCCUUGUGGUUCCAGAGCUCUUCCUUCCAAUAGUUGAUAGUGUGCGAAAGUACAAGACAACAGCACUUUCAAAGCCCGACUUCAGCGAGGUUCUCCGAAGCGCCAGUGUCUUCUUCGAUGGAGUGGAGAGUGGGUUGAUAUUCGGGGAGCUUCUUGCCUUGAUCGCAUCCGCCAUCGGCCCAGGGAAUACAACAGCUGCCGAGCGCGCCGACAAGAUGGCCCUGGUCAGAUUUGUCCUAUCACACUUUAAUGUCAGAGAAGAGGAAAUGGUGACAACACAUGCGCCACUGACAGCCUUGUCAAUACUCUGCAUGCUCGAGGAUGCCAAAGAAAGGGCGAAGAGCGAUUCUCCAUUUGAAGAAGACAAGAAUCUGACGUCACAGGCGCUUGGAAUAGCUACCGAUUUGAUAGACCUUGUUCCGGAGCGAGCAUUUUCAGUCUCGGUUGGAAAGUCACCAGAAAGAGCCGCAUCAAAAUCCGCCACUGAUGUAUCUACUCUGGGCAUGCUGAAGAAAAUCAAGGACUUCUAUGUGAACGAGCAAGGGAGUCUGGAAGUCAGCCCCGCCCCAUUUACACCACAGCACACGGGCGAGCUACUCCUCGGAAAGGCAUGCUCGCUAAACUGUGAAGCCUUGCAUACAGAAAGCCAAAGAGCAGCGCUUGGGAUAAAGAGUCGGAUGCUGCUGCUUUUGUUAAACAAGACAAGUUCCAAGACCUCAUUCGACGUCAACAACCUCCUGAUAUCCAUGCAUGAUCGACUUUCGUCGAGAACGCCUCUAGAUUUCAUUGCUUUCUCCUCCAUACUCGUCCUGUCUACAACACUCUUGUCAUCCGAGCGCAUCCCUGAGCUUGAACUUUCGAAAAUCAUACCAGAGCUUGUGCGGCAUGCUUGGACGUGCUUGUCAAGCCCGGAACCAAAAUAUCACGUCGAAACAGCCCGUAGCCUAUGGCAGCUUCAAACUGCAUUGGGACCGCAUAACAGGGAUGUUGAGGCUGCUAUAUCCAGCCUGAUGACGAACAAGGAAAACACCGAGACCACAACAAGCCCAGUUACUGAUUAUGGGCGUGCAUUUGCUGUCUUAUGGACACAUACAAUACAAGACACUGCAUCUGAACGCAAGACGCCUCGGACUCCCCGUCUUCAUGGAGACACAAAAGUGUACAAACCAAGACUUGCAGGGGCGGAGUAUUACCAUGUAAUGCUCACACGGCCAUUGUUCUUGGUUCUCGACGCGUUGUUGGAUGAAGGAACCCAACAAUUUAUGAGCGCAAAGACUUGGCUUAGCACCUUGAUUGGGGUUGACAGACUCUUCUCAAUAUUGGCUGGCAAAUUUCUCAGUCUUGGGUUUUUGCAACUCAACAAGGCUGCAUCUGACAUGGACAAGAUCGUUUCGUUCUCCGUAAAUGACGAUCUUGAUCUAUGUCUUUACUACAUGAGAGCGUUCUCGACCGUUUUGCGCUUGUCGACGGGUGAUUUCUGGGCUGUCUUGGCAAAACGUACCAUCUCAGGCAAGGCUAAAGAGCAGCAGGAAUCAAAUGACGGGGAUAAUGGCGUGUCUCUUUUGGUCUUUUUUCUCCAAGUCUGCAUGCGGUGUGUUAUAUCGGAAGCUCCAGCAGAAGACAACGAGCUGGAUGCCAGAACCACGCAGUUGUGUCGUUCUGCACUUGCGGGUUUGCAUCAUAUUCUUCUGAGCCCUUACGCAGUAUCGCUUGCAGAGCUUCACCUAGAGGACAUCCUGAUAGAGAAGGUCAUGAGGUCCUUGACUGGUUCAGAUCCUUACGUGCAAGUGCUCUUGCUAGACGUAGUCUUUGCUUCGCUUAAACUGCGAGAGACUUUGACAGAUCAGUCACUAUCGCCAACGUCGAUAUCUGAGAAGCGUCCAAGUGUCGACCCUACAAGAAUUGGGCAAAACCCAGGGACUGGAGAUGUUGUGGGACGACCACCUGGACCACCGCAGGCUCUACUGAGAUGUAUUCAGGCAGGACUAAGCUCGCCCAGUAGUCGAGCUGUCCUCGACAGCUGGGUAAGCUUUCUCGGUGAAUGCCUGCCAUUUUACUCGGAUUCUAUCUUCCGAGUCCUCAUCCCGCUCGUCGAAACUCUAUGUGGACAGAUAGGCAGUACCUUGUCCGGGCUACAGAAACUCUUUAAAGACGCUGGGAGCCUCCAAGGGGGAGCAAACAGCGGUCCCGAAACCACAUUGAUCUCGCUGCUCAACGCCCUCGAGCAGGUUCUAGCCAAGGGGCAUGAUCGACUAAUGGCAGAAGAGGCACGCGUGUCACUCGUCAAGGGUCCGGAACAGCCGCAAGGCUUCUUUGUCAACAUUUUCUCCUCGGACACCCCGCAGUCGAGGAGCGCAACUGCAAACGACAGGCUCACCGUACUGUUGGCAUUCCAGGAUGCAGUGCGCAUGUGCUUCAGAAUUUGGUCGUGGGGCCAGGGGCCGGAUGUGGGCACGCAGGAUCUUGCGAGUACAGCGUCGUUCAACUACACUUCAUUACGGAUGAGGAACCGAGCCAGGAGGCUGCUCGAGCAUCUCUUCACGGCUGAGCCCCUGCAGUGUAUGGAGACCGUGGUGGAGAUCUGGCGAGGCUCGCCGGGGGCGCCUCAGCAGCAGGCAGAUGUGUUCAACCUACUGCCUGCUCUAGACAGCUCGCGGCCGAAACACACCAUCCCGGCCUUAUUCAAUGCUAUCUACAGCCGGACGAACCCAAGCGCCUUGGACUCGUCGCGCAAGUCAACCCUGACCGUAGAGCUGCAGGAUUAUGACGUCGUUAUAUUCCUGGUCGAGUACGCGCGAUCACUCGAGGAUGAUGCUAUGGAAGAGAUUUGGCAAGACUGCAUCGUCUUCCUGAAAGAGCUGCUAGGGAAUCCAUUCCCACACAGGCAGACGCUUCCUAGCCUGCUGGAGUUUGCGGCCAUCCUGGGAGAGAAGGUUGACAACACGAGCUUUGGAGAGCAGAAAAAGAUGCGGAGGGAGCUUGGGGAUCUGUUCCUUCGUCUACUUACGGCUCUCUUCACCACCAGGCCGAUGACAUUUACCGAGCUCAGUUCACCGGAAAAGUCAAGGGCUCCCGAGUUCCCGCAGAAGCCUGCACCUCCCAAGGGCCCAUACGAAAGGGCUGAAGAUGUGGUGGAGGUUUUGACCUCAAUUGUGCCAAGCCUUCACAAGAUCCUGAUGGAAUCCGACAGGGUGCUGACGGCGGCCGCCUCGAUUUCCACAAACGUCAUUGGGCCUAGUUUGAGAUCCAAAUCGUUCCCAGACACUGUGACCAAGAGCACAUUGAUACUGUUGCAAGAACUCGCCAGGUUGCCCAACAAUCAAAAGACUUGGAAGAAAGAUGUGGCCGACGCGUUCAACGACCCGAGGUUCUUUGCCUCCCCGCUGGCCCUGGUGCAGAGCGACUGGCUUCCCCUAUUACGGCAGUGGACCUUGAGUGACAAGGACAGGAUGCCUGAGAUCGUUGGACGCAUUGCUCCACCCACGACUGCCGGAAUAGUGUUCGGUGUCGGUGCAACUUCGGCUCGGCUGGAAUCGGAUCGGAAGACGCAGCUCAACCUCCGGCGGAUCGCGACUCUCAUCCUCGCUUCGGCGGCGGACACGUUCGUAACGGAGGUCGGUUUGAUCUUGGACAAGAUGGUAGAGCUUCUAGGGGCAACGGCCACGUCAUCUCCGUCAUCCACGACGAGAGCGGAGUUGUUUAUGGUGGUGCGGGCACUCGUGCUCAAGACAAGCGCUGUACACUUGGCACCGCUAUGGCCCAUCAUCAACGCGGAACUGCACGCAGCCAUGUCGAGCGUGGCAACUCCGGAUCACAGUGCAGCCAGCGACACGUACAACAACGCAAGCGUCCUGCAGGCAUGCAAGCUGCUGGACUUGCUGAUCUGCGUGGCCCCUGACGACUUCCAACUGCACGAGUGGUUGUUUGUCACCGACACAAUCGACGCGGUCCACAGACCCGGAUCGGCGCACUACCAGCCAGUCGCUCUCGUGGACGAGUUGUCAGAGGAGCUGGGAUCCAGCGGGAUGGCCGGCGUGGCAGAUCUCGUAGAUGUCGCUACCGGUGAGCGGCGGAGGCCGAUGUUGGGUCCUGGUGGUAUUAGUGAUGAGGUCAGCCUGGAGAGGCGGGAUGAGCUCGUGGCCAAAAUCCUUCGGCCUUUCUUUGGACAGUUGAGCAUUUAUGCCUUCGAGUCGACGUAUGCAAUGGGUCCGUUGGACUGGAAAGGGUGUGUGAAGGGACUGUUGAAGGACUUGUUUGAUGAGAGGAGUAUCGUCAGGGCCUUGUAGGUUUUGGGUGUCGGCGAUUAGCGUUUGCGUGAAUGGAACGAAUAUUAUUAUUUUAUCACGUUUUUCGGCGUCCGUCUAGAUAUAUAAAAUUUCUUGUUGAUUUGGAG